UUACCCGUCAGCCUUUUGUUUAUGCUCUGAAGUCACGGGGUACUGCAGUUUUGUGGCGGAAUCAUUCUUCUUUCUUAAGGAGCGUAAGAAGAACUGCCUGCCUGGUACUCGGCUCAUGAUUGCCGAAGCAUCAAGAGUUACCUUGCCAGAGAAAGCCGCCCGCCAUGUGUCAACAGAGUUAUUAACUGGGGCGUUUUCCUUCGCCGAGCAAGUUCAGGAUGAUGCCCAUGACCUUUGACGUGUCAGCUAGCGUGACGCUCCUGUUUGACUUCUGGCAUGUGAGCACCCCUGGAGGUAUGUUUGUAUCAGUGCUAGUAGUCAUGUUGCUGACAGUCUUCUACGAGCUGCUCAAAGUGUGGAGGGUUUGGCUUAGCAGAAGCACGGUGUUGGCUCACUAUUCGACUCCUUAUGCCGGUGCGCUGUCCCGACGCAGUGACAGCAGUUCUGUGCUGGAAAACAGCCCCUCUGAAACCUCAUUGACUUCCAAUGACUCACAUCCUAUCUUUCGAAGAAAAAGGGACAGCUGGUUGCUACAUGGAAUCCAGACAUUGCUCCACUUGCUGCAGGUGACUCUGGGCUACAUGUUGAUGUUGUGCAUCAUGUCCUUCAACACUUGGAUCUUCCUCGGCAUCAUUGCAGGUUCUGCACUGGGUUAUUUCAUCUCAUUCCCUCUGCUGGAUCAGCAUUGACGGACAGUACAGUGUUCCCCCCCGGAAUUCAAAAGAUCACAUUUUUGGUUAAAAUGUGUGGAAAUCCUCAUGAUGAGCUGUUUUGAUGCUUUCUGUGUGUUUAGUAUUUAUCAAAAUGUCAGCUAAUCAGUGUAACACAAUCCAUAUUAAUUGUGUACACUCGAAGUGGACAACUGGAGGGAUAUCAUGUUAAAGUUAUGACAGCUAUAAGAGCUGAUGAUGAGCUAAUGAUUUUAAAUGAUGACUAAUAUGAGCUUAAAUUAUUUUAAGUGAUGAAGAUUAUAAUCAUUCAUAGCAGAAACUCAAAGGGAGAGAAUGUAUUGUCAUCAACAAUGACUGUAUUGUCAGUAAUUUUGUAGAUAACACAACUGAUGAUAUAGAAAUGUCAGAUUAAGAUCAUUUAAUUUUGUUGUACACAGAGCUGAGCACAAAUUUGUUUGAUUAAAAGAGGAAAAAAAUACAAUUUAAA